AUGGCCACGGCCGCGACUGCCACCGCGGGGAGCAGAGCAACCGCGCUGCUGCUGCUGCUGCUGCUCUCGCUGGCGCUGCGGGCCUCCGGCGCCGGCGCGGGCGCUGGUGGCGACUGCCACUUCCCGGCCGUGUUCAACUUCGGCGACUCCAACUCGGACACGGGCGGGCUGUCGUCGCUCUUCGGCGCCGCGCCGCCGCCCAACGGCAGGACCUUCUUCGGCAUGCCCGCCGGCCGCUACUGCGACGGCCGCCUCGUCAUCGACUUCAUCGCUGAAAGCCUGGGACUAACUCACCUCAGCGCGUACCUGAACUCAAUUGGAAGCAACUUCACACAGGGAGCCAAUUUUGCAACGGCUGGUUCGUCAAUCAGAAGACAGAAUACAUCUCUGUUCCUCUCUGGCUUCAGCCCCAUUUCCUUGGACGUGCAGUUCUGGGAGUUUGAACAAUUCAUCAACAGAAGCCAACUCGUGUACAACAGCAAAGGUGGUAUCUACAGGGAGAUCCUACCAAGGGCAGAGUACUUCUCCCAGGCACUUUACACCUUCGACAUCGGGCAAAACGACAUCACCUCAAGCUACUUUGUUAACAAUAGCACUGAAGAAGUCGAAGCCAUAAUCCCUGAUCUGAUGGAGAGGCUCACAUCUAUAAUCCAGAGCGUGUACUCGCGUGGAGGAAGGUACUUCUGGAUCCACAACACAGGGCCGCUCGGCUGCCUGCCCUAUGCGCUGCUGCACCGCCCUGACCUCACCACUCCAGCGGACGGCACCGGCUGCUCCGUCACCUACAACAAGGUCGCGCAGCUCUUCAACCUCAGGCUCAAGGAGACCGUGGCGAGCCUCCGGAAGACGCACCCUGACGCCGCGUUCACCUACGUCGACGUCUACACCGCCAAGUACAAGCUCAUCAGCCAGGCCAAGAAGCUCGGCUUCGACGACCCUCUGCUGACCUGCUGCGGGCAUGGCGGCGGUCGGUACAACUUAGACCUGAACAUCGGCUGCGGCGGGAAGAAGCAGGUGAACGGGACGUCGGUGGUGGUGGGGAAGUCGUGCGAGGACCCCUCCAAGAGGGUGAGCUGGGACGGCGUGCACUUCACCGAGGCCGCCAACAAGUUCGUGUUUGACCAGAUCGUCGCCGGCGCGCUCUCGGAACCGCCCGUGGCGCUGAGGCAGGCGUGCCAUAGCAGAGGGCAAUGA